AUGCAGCGCUCCAUCUUAUUUCAAUGGGCUGCGGUGGGACUCGAGCAGAUGCUAUUGAACCGCGAUAUCAUGAGAGCUGGACCAGAGAGACCGAAUCGACGUGGCUUACCAAUACUGAUGCUGAAAUCCCCAACGUGCGUGGAGAAUCUAGCCAUCUUAUUAAAGACAAUGCAAAACUAUCAGGUAGAGGCAUGAAGGCCAGAUCCUGUGGAGACGGAGGCAGACAGAUGGUUAAUGCAGGCACUCAAUGUGGAAAGCAGGUUUUGACUUCCAGCACCUGCGCAAACCGUCAAAAAACAUCCUGCAGUCAUCAUGAGCACAUAAGUGACUCAAAACACACAACGCACAAAAAGGAAAGUGCUCAUUCUGAAGGGGUUUCAUCUAAUGCUGCUGCUCACCCAGGGGAGCCAUGA